GAUGACCACAGCAGCACGGCCAACGUUCGAGCCCGCUCGCGGUGGGCGGGGCAAAGGAGAGGGCGAUCUGAGCGCGCUGUCUAAACAGUACUCCAGCAGAGACCUGCCGGGACACACCAAGAUCAAAUACAGGCAGCCCACCCAAGAUGCCCCUGAGGAAGUGCGUGCUCGUGAUUUCAGGCGUGAGCUGGAGGAGAGAGAGAGAGCAGCCAUCAAGAACAGGGAGAGAGGAGCGAGAGAACACACCUCCUCUUCCUCCUCCUCCUCUUCGUCUAAACGUCCUCGCCUCGAUCAGAUUCCCGCCGCAAACCUCGACGCAGACGACCCACUCACUGACGAUGGUGAGGACUCUGACUCUGCCUCUGACAGUGAUGACGACACCGCCGCCCUGCUGGCUGAGCUGGAGAAAAUCAAGAAGGAGAGAGCAGAGGAGCAGGAGAGGAAGGAGCGGGAGCAGAAGGCAGAGGAGGAGAGGAUUCGAAUGGAGAACAUUCUGAGUGGGAAUCCACUGCUCAACCUCGCUGGGCAACAAACACACAUACCCACCACCUUCAGUGUCAAACGCAGGUGGGACGAUGACGUGGUCUUUAAAAACUGUGCUAAAGGUGUGGACGAGUCUCGGAAGGAGAAGCGUUUCAUAAACGACACACUGCGCUCCGAAUUCCACAAAAAGUUUAUGGAGAAAUAUGUCAAAUAAUCCCUAUGACCUUUUAUUCAGUUUCACUUUUUUUUCUUUUUUUUAAAAAAAUUGUUCUCAUCAAUUAUAUUUGUAUUUUGUUGUUUAUUGUGUGUAAGUAAAGCUUUUGAUCUCUUUAUUAGUGGUUUGUUCAUUCAUUAUUUACUUCUAUCAUAUAAUAAGGUGUCUCUGUGAUGUGGACGUGGUUAAGGCUUGUAUAAUGGCAUGUUCCCACUGAUGUGGGCGGUGUUAACCACAGAGUUUGGGCUUUUCCCCUGCCCACUUGUUGAAUUUCCCAUGUCUCCUCAUGAAACUUAUGUUCACGUACAGUCUCGUGGAUAAAUAAAACAAAAUCAGUCCAAAAA